AUGUGUCUCUCUUUAAACAAUUUCUGCUGUUGCAUCAGCCUGAGUACCGGAGCUAAAAUAGUUAGCGUUAUAAGCACAGCGGCUUCGGCAUCAAUAUUGGUCCUAUACGGAACCCCGGCUGUGCUGCAAAUGUUCAGUCUACCACCAGCUCGAGCCAUUUUCUACGGAGCCACAGCUGUGGCGGCGCUCUUUAAGACCAUAUUUGGAUGUAUGCUCAUCCACGGAACAUUUAGGGUAUUACUAUGGAUCCUGUUACUCGCAAUAGCCGUCCAAACACAAAAAGUCGUGGAAACCAAUGAAGAUCACGAUCUUUACUUUCAAAACGUAACAACUCUGUAUCCGGUCAUAAAUAAAACUGAACUUUAUACUAAAAGCAACGAAAGCGCUCUUCAAUUAAACAGAUCGAACAAACUAGGUGCAGUGUCGUGGAAAAUAGACGCUUCUUACGCCGAAUCGAAUUUGAAUGAUAAAGAUAACACAACUGACUGGACAAACUCAAGUGAUAUCAAAAAUAACCAAAUUAAUUUGAAAGAUAUUAAAUAUCAUAUUGCACAAAACAAUAAUGCAGAUUCAAAAGAAGAAACAUUUCCAAAACAUUCUAUUGGUAAUCCACUAAAUUUAAUAAAUGCUAAAGAUAAUAUGAUGAAGGAAGUGAUAAAGGAAGAAAGUAAUGAAAAGUUUUUUAAAGAUGUUAAGGGAAGUGUCAAAGAGUUCAGGCCGAGUCAACCUCUGGGUACCUUUUUUGAUGAUGAUGAAUUUGUGACAGCCCCAUAUAAUGGUUACAGCUCCAUUGGAAAUAAACCUGAUCCAGUAUUCGUAAGUUCUCCGCCGGACUCUACACGGCACAUUGUAAAACAUUCAGAAAGUCCAGAAUACCAAGCUUUUCCUUACAAAUUCGAAAGUCCAAUAUACGAAACAACGAAAGACACAUGGCACCCUGAUAACUUUGAGGCUAAACCAACAGCUGUUAUACCAUUUAAGGUUCCAGCUGGUGGAUUGUAUAAAUUGACUGAUCCUUUCCAAGAUCCAGUGAUCAGCAACGAAGACUUCGGAUUAACAGUUAAUGGAGAUCAUAAAGAAGAAUACCACGUGAUUAAAAGAGCUAAUCCCUGGAAAAGUCUGCUUCAUUUGGUCAAAGCGUUCAUCCCAGUUGGUCUGAUCAUCGCAGCACUCACCCCUAACGUCAUCACCAUAGAAAAUUCAGGACCAAACAAUCAAAAUCCAAAUAUCUACAGGCGUUCAGAAGCUGGGGUUCCAGAUGUAGCUCCGAUAAGCGAGCGAUGUCGCAGAAGACUCUUAUGCGAACUUCGUUCAGACAUCAACUACGUGAGCGACUCGAAUAAUUUUCGCGGAAUUGGAAAACAAUGUUACAAAAUCCACUGCGAGGACGCACAUACCGUACAGAAGAUGCUAAACUGGCUCUUCAGCUACUACAGACCAGCGAAUGGAUAA